GGGAUCUGGUGUGGCAUGUUCGGUGUUCCGCUGCAGCCUUUUUCUUGCGCCUGGAGAACGAUGCUCUGCCGGUUGGGUGAGCGGUCGCAGGUUUUCUGUACGUCUCUUUGUGGAGUUAACUUGGGAGGAGGGGAGACAAGCAAAAAUGGCGAGCAGGUGAGGUUCUUUGGCUGUUACGCCAGUGCACUAUUGAUUUCUCUGGUGGCCAACCAGAUAGAAAAGAGAGAGUGCCCUGUCCUGCCAACGAGUACGAAUAGGGGCGUGGAGGCCCCUGAUCGACAUCGGUUGGUGAUCCUCAGAAGACUUAGUGAGGAGGAGGACGCAGAAGAGGCGGCGGCGGCGGAGGUGGUGGUCAGAUAUGGAAGGAGCCCAUCGUCGAGAGGUGAUGUCUCUGGAGAACGAGUGCAGGUGUGGCAUGGCGAUUAUCCUCAGGGAAGCAUGGUAAGCCGAACAAGACUGCCGAAUGGGGGCGAAGUGAUUGCGGCUGUGGAGGAGGAUAGCGAGGAGACGAGAGAGGACAAAAAUAGGGAGCUGGAUGAGUGCAAUGGUGGAGAGCACCUCGGCAGAGAAGAGGAUGGCAAUGCCCAUGAGCAGGAGGAUGAAGACGAUGGAGGCGAUGCGGAGACUGCGGUCACAGGAGUCGAUAACUUGACUCCUGGUUGGUUAGGACACUACCACUCUAUGAUGGGUCGGAGUGCUGAGCAGGGAGUAGGAAGGGUCCAAGAAAGUAGAGACUUGUAUGAAGCUUGUGCAGAAGACAAUGGCGGUCAUAAUAAUGUUGAGGAGGAGGAGGAGGAGGAGGAGGAGGAGGAGGAGGAGGACGACGAUGACGAUGAAGAGCAUGAGAAGAGAACGGCUGCUGGCCAAGAGUUCAUUGACAGGCAGAUGGCGGGCGAGUGUGGUGAGAACCCAUUGCAGGAAAAUAGGUCCAAUCCCAACAGGAGCUGGAGUCAGCUGCUGGAAGGGUCCAUGGGGAGCAUGAAUGAGAAAAGGGGUGAAGAGGGAGAAGGAGGUGGCGCGCCUCGGGAGGUUGACCAGAUCGAAGAGUGUGAGGAAGCAAGGGAGGAGGUUAUGAAAGGUGGGGAAGACGACGAGCUAACGGACACAGAUGUGAGGGAGCAGCAGAUAGAGGCAGAGAAGGCUCCUCUGGUUGAUGGCACGAUGGCAGAGCAUGUUGAUUACGGCGAGGAAGGAGCGGAAGAUCUGGCAGAAGCUGGGACAGGGAGGCUAGACGUUGAGGCAUCGGAUAAGGGUAUCACGGAUGGAAGUGGUUCGAGAGAGCAUGAUGGAGAAGAGAGGGAGGAAGGAGAAGGACAAGCAGCAACAAACGGGAGCAGCAGAGGAGCAGAUGUCGAAGCAAGGCAGGCAGGUGGGCGAAGGAAGAGGAAAUCGAAUGGAAACAUGGAUGUGUCGGACGAAGGUGCGACGGUGACGAGGCGAGUGAAGAAGAAGGGGUCUGGGUGCUGGACUAAAGUGGGCAAACGGGGAGCAAAACGAGGGGGAGCUGGCAAGGGUGGAGGGUCUGUUAGUAAUCAGCGGCUGAGCCACGGACGGAGCAGCAUGGACAGGCCUGACAUCUCGAAUAUGGUGGCGUUAAACCCAGCUCCCAAUUUGAUGGAUCCUGAUGAGCGGCCGGGGGAGCCCAUCAUGCUGUCGAAAACACAGAAGGCCAGUCAAAUUCAAAUAGGACAAGACGGUCUGACCGCAACGAGCUGGAAAGGCUAUAGGAUGGUGAGGGCUACUCGAGGAGUUGUUGAGGGAGUGUGGUACUUCGAGAUCAAGGUGGACCAUCUGGGGAAAACGGGCCACACACGACUCGGAUGGUGCAAUCAGAAGGGAGAUGUUCAAGCGCCUGUUGGGUAUGACCAGAAUGGGUAUUCGUAUCGCGAUCUGGAAGGAGUAAAGGUGCACGAAGGGUACCGAUUGCCGUAUGGCGAGCCAUACGGUGAGGGCGAUGUGAUCGGGUGUCUGAUAAAUCUGCCAGAUGGUGCUCGAUAUGCCCCCAAGCCCAGCAAGUUCAUCCAGAGAAAGGGGGCUUAUUACCUGCAACAAGAGGCUGGUGACGAGCCGCUUCAGACUGUGCCAGGUUUGGUGCUUUGGCUGUCCCUAUUACUCUUGCUCGUUCUGAGUGUUCUUCCCCCCCCGCGCAUAAAGGUUGGCUAGGCUACCAGGGUGGCCCGGGACCACUUGCCCGGCUGUGCACGUGCGCUAAAAACGAAAAACAAAACCAAACAAUUUGG